CUUAAAUCUAAAUAUACGAAGAAGAGUCUAUAUUAUCAAUGUACGAUCACUCAAUUCUACGUAUCACGUGACUGUUUAAUACCAAAAUGGUUUUUAGGGAACCAUAAUCGACAGUGAAGCCACUCAGAUGAUCAGAGUAUAUUUCAUAAAUGAGAAAUUGUUGCUACCUUUAUCAAAAUUUUCAAGCUGUAUUACAUGGACACUAAUCCGCACCGCUUAUUGUAUUCGUUUAUUCUCAUAGGUAUCAUCUUCUCUCCAUCACUCUUCCAGCGAUACACCAGGAACUCAUGGGGACUACUACAGAUAGGUUCGCUGUAUACUCUAGGAGACUGUCGUCUGGGCGGGGAACCCGAGAUGGCUCGAUAUGAUUAUUCUCCCGAAUGGGAGGAUGAGCUUGAGGGUAAUAUCGACUCUGAGCUUUACGACGGGAUGAACAAUGAAAUGCAGCGUAUCGUGCAAAUGGUUGGCGACAACACCACUCUAGCUUAUGAGUUAAUAUCGCAAGAGAUACAAAAUAAGCAAGACCAAGGCCUCAUACACGAACAGACCUAUUCCCACGGCAUGUUUCACGAACCGAUGAUCGCCUAUCAGACGCCUCGGAAAAUUAGCGUGGAUGAAGUGCGGAAGUUCGCGGAGCCCAUGAUCGCUCGUAUCUGGAAGAACUUCUAUGAGCUGCAAAGUAUUGUCGAACGCUACGAAGCAUCCAUUCAGGGGAAAUGGGAAAAUAAAUCCGAGGCUGAGAGACGGGAUGUAUUGAACCAAGCUUGGGGUUUAUCACCGCCGAUGGCUCGUGAGCAUCGACCUGACUUGACGCACCUAAAACACCAAUGCAUCGGGCUCGUAUGUAAUGAGGGCAAUAACACUAAUGUCUCGAAGCGGCCCCAUUUCUUGUGGCCCAAUAUCAACCUCGAAGAUCUCAGCAAGACAGAACCAUUCUUACUCUUGCUUAACGCUCGCGGUAGGAAUCCGCCGUCGACCUUUGCCUUCGCCGAGCUUGAACCGCUCGUAUUUGGUAUUAAGUCCGGUUCUUUGCGUGUACCUCCAUUUCUGAACGGAUGGAAUAUGAGAUUUACGGGUAGAGAUAGUCCUGAUACUUACGGAGAGCUGGUCUCUUGGGAAGACGACCCUGAUGCACGUCAGCAGCUACAUCGCCGUCGUGAUGUAAGCCCCGGCGAAGGACUCUGGAUCCUCGAGAUACAGGACCGCCUGUACCAAUUCUUGCUCGAUACAUGCAAGAUAAUCCUCCACGACUUGGACCUGGAAGACAAGCAGAGUCAAGCCGAGCCGAAGCCCCCUGUCUCGAUCGCCAAGUAUAAAGGCGAUAUUGCUACCUCUCUCAUAUUCUCUCAAUAUGAGUCUAUUUACCACGUACCCGCAAAGUUUGAUAUUAGACGGCUUCAGAGUCUAAUCGGCGCCAAGCUAUCUCAAGUUGAAGAUACCCUAUGGGCAUUGCGCGAAGAUCCUGGUUUUUUUGCCUCUAGCCUCUUGGGGCUGUACCAACACCGCCCUGAGCAUAUCCUUGACGUCAAUGGCAAUAUCUACCCGUCUGUAGCGACUGAGGAUGGCUGCGAAGAAGUGCUAGUCUCUACCGUUCGCUCUAUGCUAAGUUACUACUUGCCCGUUGUCGAGAUUUGGGGCCACGUGUACGAACUAGUCAACCGCCUCGUCUUAUUAAAAGAAGAGCUUUUCGAUCGCAUCGAAGCCGAUACGCGGCUGGAAGAUGACCUACCACUUGACUUAGAAGUGGCAUUCCGCUCGUUGCGGCACCAUUUAGACCAUUUUCUAAAAAAGCUUCUUCCCGCAGUCAAUAGGUGGGCGCGCUGGUCACCACCCAUCCAGCCCCUAUACCGAUUGAACGUUCCCGAAAGCCCGGACGCAAAGCUGAGCAUCACAACUGGUAGCACCGAGCCGAACCCAAUAGAAGCUGUUUAUCUUUGGCUGCUGCACAUGAUGGCCGAUCCGACCAACCUGAAAAACAUUGGAGUCACCUCGUGCGUCCAAGAGGUAGAGCGUAUCGCCCACGAUCCGGAAGGCCGGAAGUUGUUUACGCCCUUUGUAGCAGAACAGUUUUCUGAUAUCUUCGUCAUGGCCGAAAGUAUACGCCAGAUAGCGCUCUUUCAACCGUGGGCAGCAACGUUCGAGACUCAAAUAAAAGAUAAGGGCGCGCGGAGGCAAAUAUCUGACGAGUUCAUGCAUACUGCUAAGGCCCUGGGUCCCUUAUAUAAGCUCGAAUUGCCUAGUAGUGCGGGAAAGCUCGGCGCUGUGCUGACUAGAAUGAGAUAUCCCGUAGAUGAACCUCUUAACAAGAGUAAUGUCGAGGCUAUGCGAGCGGCUGAGAAAAUUCUAGAUACCUUCUGGGAUGAGAUAAUAAACCAACUCCGACAGGCCGGGCUCUGGACUGGACGCGUAAGGGAUGUACUUAGCAAAGAGCCUGAGCGGACACGUCCGUGGAUCAAUCCGUCUGACAAUAUUGGAGAAGAUACGACCGGUAAAGUCGAUGACCCCUAUUCGCCAAAAGUAAAGGAGCAGCAGCAGCAGAAGCCCCCGUUAGAAGUUGACGAGCGCGCAAGAAAAGUCUUCGCUACGCUUUUCCACGUGCCAUCCACCAGCAGGCCCUCAUCACGGGGGGAAAUUUCAUGGGAAGACUUCCUCUACGCCAUGCAUCACGUCGGUUUUGAGAUCAAUGAGCUUGGCAGAUCGAACUGGCACUUCACCCCCGGACCUACAUUACUAGAUCGAGGCCAAGGAUAUACGCGCGCCAUCCAGUUCCACGCGCCGGGCCCCGGCGCGAAUAUAACGUCUCUUAUGGCGAGGAUAUACGGCAGAAGACUUGCUAGAACGUAUGGGUGGCGUGGCGAGAUGUUUAUUAAAGAAGAUGGCAGCGAAUAAGGAUGCUGGGAUGUUUUAACGUAGGUAGCAAGAUGUUUACGAGAGUUUGAUUUUUCUAAGAUACCCUUGGAGAUAUUUGUAGAAUGGGUUUUUUUAUAACGAUUACGCAAUUGCAACGCCUAUUGAUUUUAAGAUAGGUUUAUAGAGCAUUCAUUCGUGGCGUAUACUCGUAGGU